CAUUGCAGCGGAUCGCGGAUGGGAAAAAAAAACCAGCUGAAGGAUUCGUGAUUUUGACAGACGGCCGCUACACCAAAGGCCGCAACGAACACGACAGGGGCACCACUACACCAAUACGGCGACUGGUAUACGGCACAAUGGCACAAAUCAAUUUCCUCCUGCACGAGACCCCCGCGGGGUACGCCAUCUUCGAGGUGGUGCACCAGGCCGACAGCGUUGGCCUCCGCCUCAAGGAGGUGCAGGACUCGAUGGCCGAUCUGUCCAAGUUCGGCAAGAUGGUGAAGCUGGCGAAUUGGUCGCCGUGGCCUGAGUUCCACGAGGGUCUGCAAAACAUGAACGAGAUCUCCGAGGGCCUGGUCACCGACUUCCUCAAGAACGCGCUCGAGCUCACGCUCCCCAAGACGAGCGGCAAGAAGACCAAGGUCGUGCUAGGCGUGGCCGACAAGAAGCUGGCGAGCGAGAUUAGCGCCCUCUUCCCCGGCGUUGAGUGCGAGACCAUGGACACGUCCGAGGUGGUGGCCGACUUGCUGAGGGGCAUCCGCAUGCACGCCGAGAAGCUGCUCAAGUCCCUGCACGAGGGUGACAUCCUGCGCGGCAGCCUCGGUCUCGGCCACGCCUACUCGCGCAACAAGGUCAAGUUCAACGUGCACCGCAACGACAACCACAUCAUCCAGCAGAUCGCCACCCUCGACGCCCUCGACAAGGGCAUCAAUGCCGGCUGCAUGCGCGUGCGCGAGUGGUACGGCUGGCACUUCCCCGAGCUCAUCAAGAUCGUCUCGGACAACGUCACGUACGCCAAGCUGGUUCUCGCCAUCGGCGACAAGAAGUCGCUCGAUGACAGCAAGCUGCACGACCUGGCCCUGAUCCUCAGCGAGGAUGGCGAGAAGGCGCAGGCGAUCCUCGACGCUGCCAAGAUCUCCAUGGGUCAGGACAUCUCGGCCCCCGACGUCGAGAUGGUCAAGUCGUUCGCCACCAGCGUCACCAACAUGGCCGCCUACAGGAAAGUGCUGUCCGAGUCGCUCGAGAACAAGAUGGGCAUCGUUGCCCCCAACCUGCAGGUCAUCCUGGGCACCCCCGUGGCCGCCCGCCUCAUCUCUCACGCCGGCUCGCUCACCAACCUGUCCAAGUACCCGGCCUCGACGCUGCAGAUCCUGGGUGCGGAGAAGGCCCUCUUCCGGGCGUUGAAGACCAAGGGAAACACGCCCAAGUACGGCCUGAUCUACCAGAGCACGUUCAUCGGCCGCGCCGCGCCGCGCCAAAAGGGCCGCAUCUCGCGCUUCCUGGCCAACAAGUGCAGCAUCGCGAGCAGGAUCGACAACUUCUCGGAGAACCCGAGCGCGCGGUUCGGCGAGGCGCUGCGCCAGCAGCUCGAGGAGAGGCUCGAGUUCUACAACUCGGGCAAGAAGCCAUCCAAGAACAGCGAGGCCAUGAAGUCGGCCAUGGACCUGAUCCUGGCCGACGGCGGCAACAUGGACGUGGACACGGAGAUGCUGGACCCCAACACGGCCUCGCACGUGGCAGCGGCGGCCGGGGCUGCGCCCAAGGACAAGAAGUCCAAGAAGGAAAAGAAGUCCAAGGACGAGGACGGCAGCAAGAAGGACAAGAAGGACAAGAAGCGCAAGUCGCUAGACCCGGACGCGAUGGAGGUGGACGGAGACAAGAAGAAGAAAAAGAAGAGAAAGUCGGAGGUUGCCGCAUAGGAGCCGUCCCCCGACGACGACGUCUUGGCUUCGGUUGUUUCCUUUCUCGCAUUUGCAAACUCUAUCGAUUCGCGUCCGCGGCCUGUGCGUUUCCCUUGAUUCAUAUCCCGGAGUUCUUGUGGGCUGGUUCAUUUGUAAGGGUCUCUCGGUGUUAAGGGCUUUUUCUUUCUCACUCCAAAACAUGUACAUCAUACCCAUCACAUUUACAGACAGAUGGAAUGAACAAAAAUCUACCGCCUGGACGUUGCCGUUAUUUAUGCUCGCGUGUGGGCAACACUUCUUCCCUCUUCGCUUUCUUGACAAAGAACAGAAUGCCAUCCAUACUCCAAUGCUGAGAUCUGUGCUUGGGUUUAUUAUAGGUGUAACUUGUUGUAAACCGACCUCUUUCGUG